CACACCCUUUUGUUGUCGCUCCUACAGAAGCAGCUUUUGCAUUUUAGAUGGAGAACACGGAAACCCAGAUGAGGAAUGCAAAUGUAUGACUGUUAUUAAAUCUAAUGGCUAGAAAUUUGAGAUGGAAAACACCAAGUGCGAAGCGUUGGAUGGCUUGAGUACAUCACAGAUAAAGAUUGUCCUUCUUGGAGGAAGGAACUGUGGGAAGAGCUCUCUGGGGAACUUGAUCCUUGGCAAAGAGGAGUUUGCAACCAAAGAGACGACUACUUCUUCUCGGAGGCUGGGAGUGGUGGCCGGAGGUUGGCUCACAGUGGUGGAGACUCCUGGCUGGUGGUGCGACUCCAGUGCUCAGGAAACUUUAAAUCUUGUGAAGAGGGAGAUAAUAACCAGCGUCUCAUUGUGCUCACCGGGCCCUCAUGUAUUUCUGAUCAUAGUAAAGACAAGCUCAGUCUUUUCAGAGAGACGUCGGAGGGCCGUGGAGGAGCAUGUGGGCCUGCUGGGCGACGGGGUGUGGGGUCACUGCAUUGUCAUCUUCACCUUUGCUUACAGGAUUCAGCACAUGCAAGCAGAAGAGUACGUGGAAAGAGGGGGGAAAGCCCUCCGUUGGCUUACUGAGAAGUGCGGUCAGAGGUGUCACAGCAUUGUCCUAAAUGAUGACAUAGAUGUAACAGAGCUGCUAGUGAAGAUACAGAAACUUGUUACAAGAAAUGGAAGCAGAGUAUUUGAGAUGCAGGAAAACAUUUUACAGGUGGCUGCAGAGGACAAGAGAGGAGUAGCCGAGAGGGCCCAGCUGAGGUUUUUAAGAAUGAAACGUCAAAGAUCUCUCAUGCGAGGAAAGUUAAGGCCAGUCACUACCAUCCGUCUUGUGCUGCUUGGAGCGAAGGGUUCAGGAAAGACUUCAGCGCUGAACACCAUCCUGGGCAGAGAGGACAGGCAGAGACCUGGCAGAACAGCUCAGUGUUCAGUUGGAGAAGGUGUGGUGUUUGGAAGACAGGUGACCAUUGUGGACACACCAGGGUGGUGGAUGAACUACUUCUGCAACGAGACUCCCCUCUUCGAUCAGAGGGAGAUGGUGCUUAGCCUGUCUCUCUGUCCUCCGGGGCCUCAUGUCUUUCUGCUGGUGAUUCGUGUGGACCGAGCUUUCACAGAGACUUACAGAAGAGCAGCACAGGAACACCUUGAGCUCAUCAGUGAGCAAAUCUGGAGUCAUGCAAUACUGCUGUUCAGUUUCGGGGACUGGCUGGGGGGCACUACAACUGAGCAGUUCAUUGAGAGUGAGGGGGAGCCUCUGCAGUGGCUUGUUGAGAAAUGUUCCAACAGGUAUCAUGUUUUGAACAAUAAAACUAAAGGAGAUGGAUUCCAAGUCAGAGAACUGAUUGGGAAGAUUGAGGAAGCGAUGUCUGGCUGCAACAGAAGCUGGCAUUAUGAAAUAGAGGGGAAAGAAUUGGAUGAGAUGAAAAGGAGGAUGAAAGAAGAGACAGAGAGAGCCAACGCACGACUGAUGAGAAAGGAGAAACAAAGACUGGUGGAAAAGUCUGAACUGGAGAAGGUGACCCCUCUGCAUGAGCUGAGAAUAAUAUUGGUUGGUGGCAGGAAAGGUGGCAAAAGCUCAUGUGGAAACACCAUCCUCAGCAGAGAAUGUUUUGCCACAAACAGCCAAACUGUCUCCUGCAGUGAAAAUCAAUGCAAAAUCAAAGGCAAGACAGUUUCUGUACUGGACACUCCAGGAUGCUUCCCUGUAAGCUCAGAAUUCUUGAGGACUUCUUCGGUUGUCCUCCUGGUUGUCAAUGUGAGCACCUCAUUCACGGAUCUCCACCGAGAAGCCAUUGAGAAACAUCUGGAUGGUGGGAGAAGCCAGCUGUGGAAAAGAGCGAUGGUGUUGUUCAGCUACGGCGACUGGCUGGGAGACACAAGCAUCGAACAACGCAUUGAGAGUGAAGGAGAGCCACUGCAGAGGCUUGUAGAGCAGUGUGGGAACAGGUACCAUGUUAUGGACAAUAAGAACCAGGGAGAUGGAGCUCAGGUCAUGGAGCUUAUUGAACUGGUGGAGGAGAUGUUGGCCACACAAAGGUUGGCUGAUCUUUAUAAUGGUAACCACAUGUGGAAAAGGGUUUGUUCAGCACAGGAACGGCAGACUGAUGCAAUCCUGUGUAAAAGGAACCUACAGAAGCAGAUCCACAGAAGACACCGGCUUUCUCUUGACUUGGCAGUAUCUACAACUUCCACGUCUUCUCCAGAGGAAUUAAACUCCACACAGCAGGUGGCUUUACCAGCAAGAAGAGCGAGAAGACAAUCUGGACAGAUGAGUUUGGACAGCAACAGCUUAGUGUUCCUGUCUGUGCUCAAACAAGGACGGAGCUGGUCAUCAAUAGAUUUACCUUUAAUGUUCCCUUCUCCGCACAGCCUCGUACUCUCACCUAAAGGUCAAACAAUGUUUCUGGUUUCAUGUCAGAGUCAGCCCAGCAUUCCCUCAAAGGAAGAUUUCAUUGGCGUCCAUUCUCUCUGUCUACCUGCUCUGAGAGAGCGCAGUCUCCGCAGGAUUUCUGAGUCUGGAGGCCGGCAGGCUGUAAUCGAUCAGUGGGGCCACAGCAGCCUCAACGAGCUGGAAGCCUUCAUUGACUCUUACUUUGAGAUGGUGUGGGAGCAAACCAUGGGGUCAUCUCAGCCCUCUGAAUCUGAUCCUCCCACCACAGCGCAGGAUGCUGUUGUAAGUGAUGUUGGAGAAGAGCAACUGCUAUCAUCCAUUGACAGGAAGCUUUCAAGGCUGGAGCUCCUGGAGGAGAUCUGGAAGGAUUUGGCAGAACUGAAGCAGAAUAUGGAGUUCAGCUGGGGGACCAUACAGGAACUCAGAGACAAAUGUGAAAAGCACUUUGAUUAGAAAAUGUGUGACAUAGAUAUAAAUAACUGUAAUUUUAUGGAAAUGUAUUGAAUGCAUAUUUAAGAAAAAAAGAAGUGAUGAAAGUGCAUUAUUUUUCCACAAGAUGGCGCUGUUGUCCAGCAUACAUUUUAUUUUGAAAGCCUGCUGAUCUGCGCAACCACGACUUUAACACAAAAUAUUAGAUUUAUUGAUUUUGUAGACAGGACAGGAGCUGUUUUGUGACUGAAAAAACUAGCUACAAAGUGGUUGUGUGUCCUGAAAAUGUGAGUCGCUUACACACAUCUGAAAAAUGUGUUGCUUUUCUGAGACUUGCUCAGUUUCUUUCGUCUUAUUGAAACUUUCAGAAAAGUGUUGAGGUUCUGUUGAUUCUUUAACAUGGAGCUAAUCAAUCAGGGAAGGAUAUGUUUGAAAGGUCUUUUUGCUUGGCAACAUAUCUGAUUUGGGGAAAUUACUCAGAGCUAUUUAAGGGACAACCUGGAAUUUUCUUAAAGUUAAGGAAAAUUGUUUCUGUACGUAAUAUAAGACAUUAGAAAAUGACAUAAUACCGUCUUACAAAGCCUUUCAGCCAUAACUUUCAGUGAAGCUGAGAGGUUUUUUUGUACAGAAGAAGCAGUUGGGAAGGAGGCAGAAAGGAAGUUUUUGUUUGUCUCAGAAGAAACUUGAGUUUUCAGCACUUUAAAACGAAUAAACGUCCUAUAACAACAAUUGCGGACUUCUAUAACUGUUAAAAUGCCUUAUUGAUUUUGUGUUGGAGGGAAAUUGCAAAGAUCAACUGUUCAUGACAUCAUGCAUCACUGGCAAUAUUUUAACUGACAUUUGUACCAAUACCAGUACUACAGCUGCAUUGUAAUUAUUUUGAAUAUUAUUGAAAAGUUAUUUUAUUUAGUUAAUUCAUUUAAUAAAGUGAAACUAAUCUAUAAUUGAAACACACAUGGAUCACAUGCAUUUUGAUUGUGGCUUACAGCUGACGAAAACCUAAAAUGUAGUUUCUUCAGAAACUAAAUUAUUAUAUAAAACCAAAAAAGGGAUUUUUAAUAUAUAUAUGUAGGCCUACUGAAAAGUAUAUCCAUGUACUGUGCAAAAUAUAUGCAGUCAAUACUUCCUCCAGACUUUGGGAAUAUGAAGAGAGGGCUGACUGCGCAACAGUACAGUCCCCCUUCUCCUCAGGUAAGACAUUUCUAACUUUGUGUCUGAGUGAAUACAAGAGUUGCAGCCCAUGUCCUGAAUGCGUGUGUGUGUGUGUGUGUGUGUGUGUGUGUGUGUGUGUGUGGUGGCCCUUAAGGUACUGACUCCAGCUGCAGUCCAUGUCCUGUGAAUCUGCCCCAUAUCCUUGAAUGGAUUUUGCUGACAAUACUGACAAGGCUUCUUUCCGGUGGCUCAUGCAUCUUUUUUGUUCACAACUUUUCUUCAACUAAACUUUCCAUUAAUAUGAAAACAGCACUCGGUGAACGGCCAGCUUCUUUAGCUUCCCUUUUGUAUUAGUCUUAUGUAAUAGUUUAAUUUUGUGACAAACUGAAUUUGACAUUUACAUUAGCUGUAAGCCAUAAUCAUAAAAAUUACAGAAAGAAGAAAAUCAAAUAUAUUGCUCUGUGUGCAAUACAUCUACAUUAUAUAUUAGUGUCUUGUUUUGAAUUUAAUUACUGAAAUAAUUAUGUUUUUGGUCUUCAAAUUUACUGAGGUGCACAUGUUUACAAUUACUGAAAAUACUAAAGUAAAACAAAAUUUUUUGCAGAUUA